AAUCACAUCGCCUCGUUUCCACCCGGACAUAAUUUCUUGUUACCAUUCAGCAUGGAAGGUGAAUGCACAAACUUGUUUGCAAGAUGAUAGAGCAUAGUCAGAAAAGCAUGAUUGAAUGAAACCCCAUCCCAGCUGACCUACGUAUCGUAAGCACUACAAACCCUCACCCUUGGUGCGCGGACAUAAGAAUAGCAAACAUGGAUUUAUCUGCAAUUCUGAAAAACCUCCACAUUCCUCCUGCGGAUAUCAGUCCUCUGACAAUCUCUAAACCAUCUGGCGAUCAUGACUGCUCAGUCGCCAGGGUGUUUCAACACAUCCAGGUGAAGCUCAAGUCAGAGACAUGGUCAGAAGUUGCUGUCAUACUGGACCUAACUGGGGAACUUUUCCGGGUGGCAGAUAGCAGUUGGCUUCUUCCAGACGUUCCUGAUUCCGACUUAAGCAGCUGGUUUUCACACUUUGUGCAAUCCCUGAUAUGCCAUGCUGCUUUGCCCAUUUGUGAAACGGACAGUGCAACACUAGCACCUGAGCUUUACCAAGACAUUCCUGAACGAGCGUGUGCAGUGACUGCUGUACUGCAGGCUCUCCUUCUUCGUUUGGGCCACAACCCUGCACCUACAUCUUGCACUGCAAAGAGGUGCCUUACACGGGUACUGGCACCGUGCAUAUCGGUGUUUGCUGCGACACACCUGCAGGACCAACCGUGGACCAGUGAGGCUUCCAGGAAGGAUGCAGCUGCUCUGCUGGAUGCUGUUGCUCAGGCAACAGGCAACAGCUGUUUUCCAGACAUGAUGUGUGGCAGCAGUGCAGAUGACGAUGCAGGACUGGUCCGAGCUGUUAUGGAUAUACUCAAACCACAGCUGACCAAGGACAAUUGGAGACGAAACCAGGCCACAAGACACGUGUUCUUCUGGAUGCUGGUGCAGGUCAAGAGGCCGAGUUUAGUGGAUCAUCUGGACACCGUCUUUCCUCCGUCUCUAUUGAUCUCUGAUGAUUAUGUUUUGGACAACAAGGUCAUGGGGGUCAAAUGCCUGCAUCACAUUAUACUGAACGUGCCUGCAGCGGACCUUCGGCAGUUCAAUAGAGCGCAAGUGCUCUACCAUGCACUCUUCAACCACCUGUACACUUCUGAGAUUCCUCUCUUGCAGGUAGUCCUGCCCUGCAUUUUCGAUCUGUUGAAUGUUCUGGAAAAGUCCCCGGCAGACAUCUCUUGUCCCAGGAGGAGGAAUCGAUUCGAUGAAGUGCUGUGUCAUGUCCUCACAUACAUGGAGAUGGAGGACAAGAUUACUCUCCGUCGCCUUUAUGCUACCAUGCUUCCUCCUUUCAUUGACAGGAUGGGCAUCGUAAUUGUUCGCCACCUUAAACGCCUAGAGAUGGUCAUUGUUGGAUACUUGGAAAUAUCAGACUGCCCAGAGGAAACAACCAGGCUAGCUAUUCUGGCAGCAUUGGAAAAGACCAUUCAAGUUGCUUGGCCAAGGAUGGAAUGCCGGUUGCCUGUUCUAGGGCGGAGCUUAUUGAGGCUACUUUGUGAUGUCACCAGAGAAUGCCAACCUCCUGAUGUCAGGACGGCUGUCCUGGACAAAACCAUUCGCUGUCUCCAGCUGCUUGACUACAGCUCACAGGGCAAACUCCGAGCCAUUCUCAGUGACGUGGAUGACACCUGUGCCAGUGGUGUUGUACUCGACUGCAUUCAGAAGGUGACUGGAUCACCGCUACCCGAUGGCUGCAGUAGUACAAGGGGUUACUGCUAAGCAGAGGAGACACUUUGGGAGAGGACUGAUAUUCAAAAUGUUGGACCCAGCCAUUUGAUUUUCAGAGGAACUUUGGACAAGCAUUUGGAUUUUGUCAUAACUUUAAGCUAUUAAGUUAUUUGUGUGCUUUAUCAGUUCAGUGAACUUUGAUGUGCACCAGCAAAAUAAUAAUAAAAAAACAGGCCUACUUUUUACUCAAGUGAUAUGACACUAACAUACUCUUUGCCUUGAUUUCAAAGCCAACCUACAGUAAUCACAAUAGGCUUUGAUUAUCAAACACUAAGCCUGAUUACAUACGUAGACACACCUGUUUUAUCAUACUUUCAAGAGCAUUUUUGUUUACCUUGAUUACUUAAUUCACCUAAUUAAUUUCCCUUUGGGAUUAAUAAAGUAACUUUUGUACUUCAAUGAUGAAUAAAACCAAACCACAAACAUGCA